AUGCAAAGCUAUAGAUAUCUAAAAGAUAGAUCAUUAUUAUUAAGAAGAAGAAAGAGUAGUGUGUUAAGAGAGAUGAAUCCAUUCGAAUUGAUACCAGUCAUAAAUAAUAUACCAUGUACAAACGAUGGACAGAUUCUAUUGUAUAUCAUUGAAAAGGUGGAACAGAACAAAAAGGUUUCUUUCAAGUCGAGAAUGGAGAAGAAACGUUCACUUGGUCAUGGAAAGAAACCUGUUGAGAAACUACUAAUCAUCUCUGAUAUCGGUAAACUUUUAACAUUAUGUGAUGGAAAUUUAGAUGUUUUUAAUUUAUAUAAUUUGGAACCGACCACACCGAUCGGUGUUGCAAAUCUGGCUGUGCCGAUCGACUUGACUGGCGAGGUCGUCCAGGGGUCGAUCAACUGGUCGUCGCCACCCAAUGCCCUGGCCGUCUGGACACCCUACCUGAUCGCGCUCACCUCCACAACGAAAUCGGUGGAGGUCCACGACCUAACCAAUCACAAACUGGUCCAACAGAUCUCGAGAAUGCCACAUCCACUGCCGUUUGCGUUCUCCGCCAUUGCCGAGGGUCGCGCCGACGGUCGUGACUUGCUCGUGCUCGCCUCGCAACAGCCACACGCCGUCUACUGUCUGUACGUUUCGAACUUUGACGCGAUGAUCCAGACUCUCAUUGCCAAGGGUGAGCAUGAAGAUGCCAUCAGGCUGUUUGACAUUUUCUUCAAGAAGGAGCGAGCGGUCUACGAUGAAAACUACGAUCCAGCCGUGGAGAUGGCCGCACAAAAGUCGCGACUUGCCAAGAUCUACGAGCAAGCCGGUAUGAACGAAUUGAAUCAACUCAAGUUCGAGCCGGCAUUCCGAUACUUCCAGCAAUCACAACUUGAAGUACGCGCUCUCAUCUCGAUGUUUCCAAUGUUGGUGUCGGCACAGUCCAGCUUCCAAUCACCCAUCUCCCAAAACUACACAAACAUUCCCGAACUUAUAGCAAGCAGUGAGAAUACACCAGUUAGAAAGAUAGAAUUAUUAGAUGAAGCGAAAAAGCAGUUAUUAGAAGUAGUAGAGAAACGUUAUCAAUCUAUAAUUACACCAACUGCUAACAACAUCAAUAACAAUAAUAACAAUAACAAUAAUAACAAUAAUAACAAUAUAAAACAAACAAUUAUAAUACAUCAAGAUGAAAUUAGAGAUUUAACAACAGUUCUCGUUAAAUUAUAUUCAGAUUUCAAUGUGUUGGAUAAAUUGUCGGGAUUACUUUCUCGACCAAACAUGAUGUUGUAUCAACAGGAAUUGGAAGAAUGGUUGACAACCGAACGAUAUUUCACAGCACUCGGUCUUCUCUUCCAGUUUACAGAGAAAUAUAGACGUGCUUUAAUACAGUGGUCAAAGCUUAUUUCAACGGAGCUGCUUGACCACCACACGGAGAAUAAUGGUGUUCGCCAAUCGAUCGAUCUUCUCUCGGCGGCCAAGGGAAUCGAACCACCCAAAGAGUUGAUCUGGGAGUUUACUCCGUCGCUACUCAAACUCUACGCUUCACAAUCGAUACAGAUAUUCUUGGCACACCGCAAGGAUCCACUUGACAGCGGCGAAGUCAUUGAUUUCCUCCAGCGCAACGGACACAUCGCCGAGCUGGCAGCCUACCUGGAAUUCCUUAUCUUUGAAGACAACGACAAGACCGAACACUACCACACCAAACUGGCGAUGAAAUACAUCGAUGCACUGAUCUCUGCGGAACCGGCAUACUUUGCCAAGUCACUGGACGAUCCUGCCAUUAUCAAUCGUGUCACCGAGCCACGACAGAAACUGAUGCGACUUCUCGAGUUCUCGAAUUGCUAUCAUGUGCCAACGCUACUGGUCAGACUAAAGUCAUCGUAUCUCUACGACGAACUUGUAAUCCUCUACCUGAGAAGCGCGCAAUACGAACAGAUGUUUGACAUCAUCGUCUACAAACUCAAUGACAUGGCCAAAGCAGAGAACAUAUGCGAGCAAUUCGAUCCAGCUCACAGUCUUUCAAUUUCAGCAGUUACAACCCCAUCUUCAAAUUCUCCAAUUUUAUCAUCAGUAAACAACAACAGUAAUAAUAAUAAUAACAAUAAUAAUAAUAAUAAUAAUAACAAUAAUAAUAAUAACAAUAAUAAUAAUAAUAAUAAUAACAAUCAACAAAAUAAUAAUAACAAUGAAAAUAACACACAAUCAAAUAAUUAUAAAUCUGGAUUAUACGAACCAAAGAGAACAGAACUAUUUCUAUGUUUGUUAAAGACCUAUCUUGGUAGAACGAAAGGAGAUGUACUUCCACAGUAUCUGCUCGAUUUUCUCAAUAAGUUCUACUAUGAGAUGGAUCCUAUCAAGGUGAUGUCACUACUGCCAACUGGUGUUCCUCUACACUCGAUCGAGAGUUACCUAGCGAAAUCUUUUAAUCACAGUAUAAGCAAUCAACGUGAGACCAAAGUCGUUAAGAACCUUCAGAAAUCACUACACAUGCAAACGAAAUACGAGCAUCAAUCGAUCUGCUCCAAUAGCGUAGCUGUCAACAGUGACAGUCGUUGUCCAGUCUGUAGCAAACCGAUUGGUGAUCGUGUAUUUGCAUACUUCCCCAACGGUAUAAUCGUUCACUUUAAAUGUUUUCAAAAUACCCACAUAUGUCCAGUUACCGCUCACAACUUUAAAACUGAUCCUGUAAUAAAACCAGUUUCUGUAUAA